AAUCGAGCUUAAUUCACAAUCAACUUCAUUAUAACUAGCUUAAUUCAUCAUCUCUCUGUAAACCUAUAUCCAUGCUCUAUUAUUAUUCACUAAUAGACAUGGAUCUAAGCUUCUCCCCAUCCCUAUUGCCUGGUUUACUACUUUGCACGUCAGUAACUCUCAUCUUUCUCUUCUGCUACUUUACAUUACGCAAACGCAGAUCCAGUAUACCAAACCUUCCUCCAGGAAAAGUAGGAUGGCCAAUAAUGGGAGAAACCCUGCAAUUCCUCCUGCUAGGCCGAAAGGGCCACCCGGAAAGGUUCAUCUGCGAAAGGAAAGAAAAGUACUCCUCGGACAUAUUCCGAACCUCUUUGUUCGGGGACAACAUGGUCUUUUUCUGUGGCCGAGCCGCGAACAAGUUCUUGUUUUCCAACGAGAACAAGUUGGUCGUGUUGUGGUUGCCCAACAGUUUUAACAGACUGUUUUUCUCCGACACCAGCACGUCCAUAGUGGAGAAAAUGAAGCCGUACAGGGAUUUGCUCUUAGGGUUUCUUAAGUUGGACGUGAUGAAGAAUUACAUACCCAUAAUGGAUCGCGUGGCGAAGAAGCAUAUAGAGAAGGAAUGGGAGCAGAAGGCCGGCGGAGAAGUGGUGGUUCAUGAGGUGGUGAAGAAGUAUCUCCUUCAGUUGGCAUGUCAGUUGUUGAUGGGAAUCGAUUAUCAUGAGCAUUUGGUUGGAUGUCCUGUUAGGUUAGCUGGUGUUAUGGCUGGGAUUCUGUCUGUUCCCAUAGAUUUUCCAGGGACAACAUUUAACAAGGCCAUAAAAGAUGCUGCAUUCCUUCGAAAAGAGACUCUGGCGAUCAUUACACAGAGAAAAACCAUGCUGCAGAAGGAAGAAAAUCCCACUGUCAGAGACUUAUUGUCCUACUUUCUUCUCACUCCAGAUGCGAAUGGCAAGUUCAUGAGUGAAGAAGACAUUUCUGAUAAGAUCCUGGGCCUGCUGAUCGCUGGGGAAACUGCGUCCACUGCGCUCACCUUCACUGUCAAAUAUUUAGCAGAACAUCCCCAUUUCUAUCAAGAGGUCUACAAAGAAGUAAUGGAGAUUGUGGAGUCCAAAGGGACAGGAGAGUUGCUAAAUUGGGAUGACGUUAACAAAAUGAGAUAUACCUGGAAUGUUGUAUGUGAAGCUAUGAGACUAGCACCCCCUGCUCAAAUAGGUUUCAAAGAAGCCUUAACUGAGUUCACUUUUGCUGGUUUUACAAUUCCCAAGGGAUGGAAGGCUUGCUGGAGUGCUCACUCGACUCACAAAGAUCCUAACUACUUUCCAAAUCCCGAGAUAUUCGAUCCCACUAGGUUUGAAGGAAAAGGAGUUGUGCCAUACACAUAUGUACCUUUUGGCGGAGGGCCUAGAAUAUGUCCAGGGAAAGACUAUGCUCGACUGGAGAUACUUGUGUUUAUCUAUAAUUUAGUGAAAAAGUUCCGAUGGAACAAAUUAAUACCAAAUGAGAGGAUAGUUUUUAGGCCAAAUCCGUGUCCUGAAAAUGGUCUUCCGAUUCGUCUCCAGCCUCAUGAAAGCACUAGCAUUUAGUAGCUCAAACGUUUUGAUCGAUAUACCAAGAUUGAUGUGGUCCUGUGUGUGAAACUAUGCAUAAGCUUCUCAUUCUUGAAUAAAGUUCGGUGUGCUUAAAUUGUUCCAGCA